CGUUUCCAUUUCUUUCCCUCUAGUACACCCAAGGCUGUCGCUUCUGCUUUUGACUCCACCAAUGAUGACAUUGACGCCUACAUGAUUGCCAUGGAGACCAUGUGUGCUGGUGUGAAUGGGGUGUGUCCAGCUCCCAGUUCCCUCUUGCCCACACGAAAAAACAAUUCUGACACAAAGGACUUGGAUAGUGACCACGAAGGGACCGUACCAGGCACACCACCACAGAAAAAGUUCCGUUCUUUGUUCUUUGGCUCAGUCCUAAACCAGUCGCAGACCCUGCUCUACCCAGGCUCUGGUCAAGAGGUGCUAGCAGAAGACAGUGAGGGAGAAUCCUGAGAAGGCUCCAGUCUAUUGGGACGCAACAGAUGCUUCAACAUGAGAGCUGGGAAGAAGAGUUACCAUCUGGUGGGCGGGGGAGCCCAGCCCACUCCUCUGCAAAGAAGGGUCAAGAGGAACCCUGGCCAGAGAGACCUUUUCCUUCUCACAAGCACACGUUUUUUACGUGGCCGUGUUCCUGCGGGGGAAGAAGCGCUUUGCCUGCUGCAGGCCUCACACACCCAAUGAUCAGCUCAGUUUUUUUGCAACGCUGUUGGAAUGUGCAAAUCAAGAUGCCAUCUUGCAAUGGAUAUUUGACUAAUGCAGAGAGGCACACUAGGUCUGUUUCCCAAUAACUGUAUUUCUAGAUGUUUUGACUUAUGUGAACUGUAGACAUGAGAGGCAAAUCAUUAAUUGCACCCUACUCUAAUGCCUUCUACAACUCAAAAAGGCAGGCCCAUCCUCCUCUGCAAUUAAUCUGUUAAGUAGCUGAACCUAUCAUUAGCCAUAAAGCACAUGGAAGUUGAAAGGGGAUAAAAUGCUAAAGGGGGGUUAGAGCCACAAUAUUGUCCUUAAAAGUUACUAUGGGAGGUGGUAAAGGACUGAACUGGAACACAGCCAGGGUUUUUGUGUGUCCUGGUGCUCAUGUGCUGGUCUGCCUCCCAGAGCGAUUUAUUUUUAUUUGCUAUAGGUCGUGCACUAGGUUAAGGUAUUAUGAGAAAGUUCUUUUGCAGCUUUAUUUUUACAAUAUAAAGCCCCUUGAACAUAGCCACAACUGCACAAAGCAGUCUAAUGUGCAAAAGUAUAAUCUACUCAUCUUGUAGGUGGAAUCUAAAUAUACAAGCAGUUGUUUACAAAAA